AUGAGGAAAGGCAAGAGUGAGGCAAACACUAACAAGAAGAAGGAUACUGCUCCAAAUGAAGGCAAGGAAGUACCUUAUCCUUUGGUACCUUCCCAGAAAGAGAAAGAAAUACAUUUGGCUAAAUUUCUUGAUAUCUUCAAGAAACUAGAAAUUACUUUACCCUUUGGAGAAGCACUUCAACAGAUGUCACUCUAUGCCAAAUUUUUAAAAGAUAUGCUGACCAAGAAGAACCGAUACAUCCAUAAUGAUAGAAUUAUGGUGGAAGGCAAUUGUAGUGUUGUGAUUCAAUACAUUUUUCCACCAAAGCACAAAGGUCUUAGAGUUGUCACGAUACCGUGUUCCAUUGGUGAGGUUGCUGUAGGAAAAGCUCUCAUAGACUUGGGAGCUAGUAUCAACUUAAUGCCUCUUUCCAUGUGCCGGCGACUUGGAGAGAUAGAGAUAAUACCUACACACAUGACCUUCCAGUUAGCUGAUCGCUCCAUCGCAAAACCAUAUGGAGUGAUUGAAGAUGUUUUGGUGAAGGUGAAACACCUUAUAUUUCCAGCUGAUUUCGUGGUGCUAGACAUAGAUGAGGAUGCUGAUAUUCCUCUCAUUCUUGGCCGCCCAUUCAUGUCUACUACAAGCUGUGUAGUAGAUAUGGAAAAGAAGAUGUUGCAAAUGGGCAUAGAAGAUCAGAAAAUCAGCUUUGAUCUAUUUCAUGAAGAUAAAGAACCACUUGAUCGGAAUGUCUGUUUUAAAGUUCAUGUGAUGGAGGAAAGAAGACCUGAUAAGAAGUUCCUUGAAGUGGGAACAUUAUUGGAUCAUGGAUAA